CCAAAUAUAUACGCAAUAAAGCCUUCAAGACUUGUAUAAGUCUUCCUUCACCUGCUGCCUCCGACUCCUGCUCUCCUAUUUCCACGACACUCUGUCCCACCGAUCGUUUCUCCAACACUUCCUCAUCUGCCUCUUUACAAUGGCAUACCGUCACAACAUCUUCGGCAUCGUCUACGAAUUCCACACAGUUUCAAAUAACGUCAACCCCUGCGUACUCGCAAACCAAGCUCUGCCUUACCUCGACGGCUGGUGGUGUACAAGCGUGUACGUGUGAUGAGACAAACAUCGCGCAGACGUGGAUUGCAGAUGCCGGUCAAGUGAAAACUCCAAGCGGAAGUUGUUUGGUCGGGACAGCUACGGGGAAUGCCGCAGGAGGAAGUGUGGGCGUAGGAGUUGGAUUGUGUGGAGGCGAGAGUGCCCAGUGGGAUAUAUAUCACACUACUCCCGGUUCAGUCGCUCUUUAUUCAACUUCAUACUUUUUCUCCGAGCCGAUGAAUCUUUUACCAUCAACAUACACCUCUCAAACUCUCCCCUCAUCGAUAUUCUCCGCACCUUUUUCACUCGAAAUACCUCCCGGCUUUGAAUUCAUUGUACGUCCCGGUAACAACGUAUCGAUUGUUUUUUCGUCCGAUACACCGCAAAUCGAUCCUAUCAGCGAUUUGACAACAGCGUUCCAAGUUGGAUUGAAAGAUGGGGUGAUCGUAUACGAGCAGCCUGCCUAUUUUGGCUUUAGUUGGUUUUUGUCGUCGGGAUUUGGAAACGGGCCAAACAAUACUGUUUAUCAGAACGCGACGACGACAUUUGUUGAACCUACCGGAAACUCUUUUAGUUUUGAUACUGGUGUCGGCUCUGUUAUGGUUAAGGAUGGGUUUAAAGCCGUAAUGUGGGAUACUACAUCGAAAAAUGGAGACAAUUUUGGUCUGUUCGAAACCGUUGCUAAUUUCGAGGGAGUGUUGAUUGCUACCGCGCGCAAGAAUGUUCAGAAUGCGGAUAUUUCUGCUGGUAGGUUUCGUCUGUCUAUAUUAGGACAUACGAGUGAAGCUCUCACUGAUUGCACGCCCGAUUGUGCCUCGGGUGGGUUUUGUUCGGGAAAGAACGUGUGUACGUGUUCACCUGGGUUCACGGGCGCUUUAUGCGAUCAAUGUCUUCCUGGGUUUUGGGGUCCCACUUGCCAAC